CCUCUGCUGUUUCCUUUCCCUUCCGCUCGCCCUCAGAAUAUCCUUGUCAUCUCUCUCCAUCCGUCCCUGGCUCUCUCCCCUUCUCCUCCUGAUUUCUUUCCUCCCCGGAUCUUUUUCCCCCUCCAUUAUUUGUUAGGCUCUUAUCCCGGUCUCCACCUGAUCUCUCCAGCACAGCUUCCUCCCAUCCUCAUUUCGGAUCCUUCUCUCCCUGCGUCCAUUAAUCUUUGUCUGUACAAUCCUCCCGCUAUCUCCAUCGCUUAUACCCUUCUCCCUCAUCACCCCCCAUUACAUCCUUCAUCACCUUCUUUACAAAAUCCUCCCUCCAUAAUGUCCCUCCUAAUCUCUCUUUGAUCGCCAAAUCCCAUCCUCCUCCUCCAUUGAUGCUUACACUCACCUGGACGAGGUCACCUAUCCACUACAACCACCGCCAUGUUUAGACGGACCAAGAGUUGCAGAAGCAGCAACCGGAAGAGUUUAAUCCUCACAAGCAGCAGUUCCCCCACCCUUCCCCGACCGCACUCGCCUCUGCCCGGUCACAUAGGGGGAAGCCCUAUGGACAGUCCUCGGAAUUUUUCCCCAAGUGCAGCGGCUCACUUCUCAUUUGCCUCUUCUCGCAGAACAGAUGGCCGCCGCUGGUCUCUCGCUUCUCUUCCAUCAUCCGGAUAUGGGACGAAUACUCCAAGCUCUACUGUUUCGUCCUCCUCCUCUUCUCAGGAACGCCUUCACCAGCUACCAUUCCAGCCCACUUUGGACGAGCUCCACUUUCUAUCCAAGCAUUUCGGCAGUACAGAGAGUAUCCCUGAUGAUGACGGUCGUAGGUCCCCUGCGGUCCGGCCACGAUCUCGAAGUUUAAGCCCUGGCCGGUCACCUUCCUCUUACGACAACGAAAUCGUGAUGAUGAACCAUGUGUAUAAAGAGAGGUUCCCCAAGGCCACAGCUCAGAUGGAGGACAGGCUCCGCGUAUUUAUCUCCAACUUUUCUCCUGAAAACGUCCUGCCCCUGGCCGAUGGCGUCCUGAACUUUAUCCACCACCAAAUUGUGGAGCAUGCCAGGGACUGCCUGACACGGAGCACCGAGGGGAUGAUCACCAGUCCCUACUUCUACCAGCUGCAGGAUAACCUGGACAAGCUGCUGCAGGACGCCGUGGAGCGAUCGGAAGGGUCCGAAGUGGCUUUUAUCGCCCAGCUGAUGAAGAAUCUGCUCAUCAUCAUCUCACGGCCGGCCCGUCUACUGGAGUGCCUGGAAUUUAACCCUGAGGAGUUUUAUCACUUGUUGGAAGCGGCCGAGGACCAGGUGAAGGAAGGAAACCUUAAGAAAGAUAUACCCAAAUACAUCCUACGACAGCUGGGGCUCACAAGAGACCCAUACCCAGACGUAGCUGCUGAAGAACCUCUUACCUUGGAGACACACACACCUGAAAGUGAAGAUACUACGGAGGGCAAAGGAGCCACCAAGCCGAUAAGACCGCCUGAGGAGAGUGACUUUGAAACCAUUAAACUGAUCAGCAAUGGUGCCUAUGGAGCAGUAUAUCUCGUCCGGCACCGGGAGACCCGCCAGCGGUUCGCCAUGAAGAAGAUCAACAAGCAGAACUUGCUGCUUCGGAACCAGGUGCACCAGGCCUUCGUGGAGCGAGAUAUCCUGACCUUUGCGCAGAAUCCCUUUGUGGUCAGCAUGUUCUGCUCUUUCCAGACUCGGAGGCACCUCUGCAUGGUCAUGGAAUAUGUAGAAGGGGGUGACUGUGCCACGCUCCUGAAACACAUUGGUGCUCUUCCUCUGGAGAUGGCCCGGUUAUAUUUUGCCGAGACAGUUCUGGCUUUGGAGUACCUACACAACUACGGCAUCGUUCACCGGGACCUGAAACCGGACAAUCUUCUUAUAACUUCAAUGGGUCACGUUAAGCUGACGGAUUUCGGCCUGUCCAAAAUGGGGCUCAUGAAUCUCACUACUAAUUUAUACGAAGGGCACGUUGAGAGUGAAGCAAGAGAAUUCCUGGACAAACAGGUGUGCGGGACCCCAGAGUACAUAGCACCAGAGGUAAUUCUGCGUCAGGGUUACGGAAAACCUGUGGACUGGUGGGCAAUGGGCAUUAUCUUGUAUGAGUUCCUCGUGGGCUGUGUCCCGUUCUUUGGCGACACCCCUGAAGAGCUGUUUGGUCAGGUGAUUAGUGAUGACAUUGUCUGGCCAGAGGGCGAGGAAGCCUUACCGACAGACGCCCAGAACCUCAUCUCCAGCCUCCUACAGACGGACCCCUUACUCAGACUGGGCACAGGGGGAGCUAUUGAGGUGAAGGGCCAUAACUUUUUCACAGACUUGGACUGGAACGGCUUGCUGAGGCAGAAGGCAGAAUUUAUUCCUCAUCUGGAGGCUGAAGAUGACACCAGCUACUUUGAUACUCGGUCAGAUCGCUAUCAGCAUAUAAACUCCUAUGACGAAGAUGAUACGAACGACGAAGACUCUGUGGAGAUCAGGCAGUUCUCAUCUUGUACGCCAAGAUUCAGUAAAGUUUACAGUAGUAUGGAGCAGCUGUCCCAGCUCGAGCAGAAACCCUCCACCCCUGUCCAAGACUCCACCAAACAAGAACGGUCCGAGAGGACCAGCAAGAGAGAGACCCUUGGGGGGGUCACCCUGAGAGAUCGCUGCUGGAGGACCGUGUCUCCUGAAAUGAAGCAUUUCUCGGAUGCUGCGGACACUGACUCCAGCCCGCCAUUAGCCGCCCGGCGCCGCUUCUCUGCCUUGGUGGAUACAGCUCGCUUUGUGGCUCCUCUAGAAGGAGAGGGAGAGGGCAGAGUUAAAAGUAGCAGCGGGACUCAUUUUGGUCAAAGCAAAAUCCCCCUGGGAGAGUUAGAAGCAGACAAGUCUUCAGAAUCACAAAUACAGCAGGACACAGACUCCUCCCCCCGCGCCACCAAUGACCUGGUCCUGCGCAGAGCCCGUCACCAGCACCUCUCUGGGGACAGCGACCGGAGGAGAACUGGGGGAAAGGUGAUCAAGUCAGCCUCCACCACCGCACUGUCCGUCAUGAUCCCUACAGUGGAGCAGCACAGCAGUUCACCCCUGGUCAGUCCCAUGUCUCCCCGCUCUCUCUCAUCCAAUCCGUCUUCACGAGACUCUUCUCCCAGCCGUGACUACACCCCGGCAGUCAGCAGUCUCCGCUCCCCCAUCUCUAUCCAGCGGUCAGGGAAGAAGUAUGGCUUCACGCUGAGGGCCAUUCGAGUGUACAUGGGGGAGAGUGAUGUAUACAGCGUCCAGCAUAUAGUUUGGCAUGUUGAGGAUGGAGGUCCUGCUCAUGAGGCAGGACUAUGUGCCGGUGACCUUAUUACUCAUGUCAACGGAGAACCUGUACAUGGUCUGGUGCACACGGAAGUAGUAGAGCUGAUCCUGAAGAGCGGUAACAAGGUGCUGGUCACCACAACACCUUUUGAGAACACAUCAAUCAGAACUGGUCCAGCCAGGAGGAGCAGCUAUAGGUCCAAGAUGGCCCGGAGGAGCAAGAGGAGUAUGGGAAGAGAAGGGCAAGAGAGCAAGAAGCGCAGUUCUCUCUUUCGUAAGAUCACCAAGCAGUCCAAUCUCCUGCAUACCAGCCGCUCUCUGUCUUCUCUCAGCCGCUCUCUCUCCUCUAGUGACAGUCUGCCAGGAUCUCCUACUCACAGCCUCUCUGCCCGUUCUCCAACCCACAGCUAUCGAUCAAUGGAUUCUGCAUAUCUAGGUGCCUCUUCUCAAGGCAGCUCUCCUUCUUCCAGCACUCCUAAUUCCCCUGCCCCUCCUCCUCCAUCUUCCUCCAAUUCUUGCGCCUCCACAGCCUCCUCCACAUCCUCCCCAGCACCACCCUCUCCCCACAUUCGUCCCAGUACACUUCAUGGCCUGUCCCCAAAACUUCACCGCCAGUACCGUUCUGCACGCUGCAAGUCUGCUGGUAAUAUGCCGCUUUCUCCUCUAGCUCAUACUCCAUCACCUACUGCAGCAGCCUCCCCACCUCUGCUUCCAAGCCACAGUGUAGGGAGCAGCCUUACCACACAGAGCUUCCCUCCAAAGUUGCAUCCUUCCCCUCCUGUCUCCCGUCAACGUCCCAAGAGUGCAGAACCUCCACGUUCCCCUCUCCUGAAGAGAGUGCAGUCCGCAGAGAAGUUGGGAGGUGGGGGGAGUGGUGGAGCACCUAGAAAACAGGAGCCAGGAGGCGGUGGGGGUACUCCCGAUGGAGAACUAGGAGAAACUCUUGGAAGUAGAUCACAAGCAGUCAGAAGAGUAGGUAGACAGGAGUCCCCAAGAAGCUUGUGUGCUGGAGACCUCUUAGUAGAUAGUUUGGAGAGACUGGAAGGUGACCUGGCAGCUGGAAUAUUACAACAGGUAGAGGCACACAAAAAUACUGAGGGUAAGGUUCAAGUAGUAGGAAAAAUAGGUACAGUAGUCCGAAGUCCUGCUACAUUUUCACCACAAGAGCCUCCUUCUACAUCAACAUCUGCCCUUCCAACACAAGGUGACCCUUCCCAUGCUAUGGUUGGGAGAUGCCAGGUGAAAACUCUGAGUCCUGUACAGGAACACGAGGGCAGAAGAGGUGAAGGGGAAGAAGGGGUAGGAGAGGGAGAAGGUAAAAAAGGAGAAAAAGGAGAGGAAGAUGAAGAUCGUGGAACCAUGAGAGAACGCUGGUAUCUAGAAGUGGUGGAAGAAUUGACCACAGUGGGAAAAAGUACACCCCAUGUUACCACAAGAGGAGGCUCUUCCAAUCUCUCACACUGUUCACAUUCUGUCCGGCCCAAGAGUGUUGAUUUUGACCAAAUGAAAAGCGUGCUCGCUGGCUUCUCACAUGUACAGUCUGAUGUCAUGCAUCACACGAAGAAUAAAGACCUGGAGGUUUCCUCUCUAAAAUCUUUAGCCCCUAAAUCUUCAACCCUUUCAUCUCAACAAUCUGAAAUAAAACGGCUUGAUCUCAACAAUACAAAAUGUGAUCCAUCCUGCAGUAUUAAGGAUGAAAAGCCAAUGGCUGACAUCCCAAAAUGUCCAUCUCUGUCUCGAUCUAAUGGGAAACACCCCGAAACAUUCCAGUCGGCUUCCUCUCACCCCGUUAGAUUAAGGGAUGACGUAAAGGUUUCCACCUCCAGCACAAAUGGUUUAAAGCCUGGACCAGCUCCCACCACCAGUCUACUCCCAGAGAAAACCAGUGAACCUAUGAAAUCCACUCCAUCUAUCCCCACCUCAGAAAAUGUUAAAGGAAAUGGGGCAACAGUUGAGAUUCCUCCAUUGCUUCCACUGGGUCCACCAGCUGUUUCCCCUAUCAGUAUCCAGAUAACCAAAGCUGAAAAUGAACAAAUACGAGGGACUACUACAGUGACCAAUAAUAUCACACUGGGUGGGAAGGAAGGAAGUCAGACGAUGGUGACCAACAUCCUACCGACUGUUAAAGUAAAUGAUACAGAAGAUAAAGUGAUGCCCAAAUCCACCCAUACUUCUCCACCUACUCCAAGUGCAACUGAGAAGAGCCAAGCAAGCAAUACCACAACCACAAGCAAGACAAGUGGACCAGAAAGUGAUAAGACCAAGGUGGCUGUAGCACCUUCAGCAGUUAACAAGGUCACUUGCACCAAAGCUGGACAGAUCAGCUUUACGGAUAACACCCCAUGUAUUAGUAAGCCUUCAGGAACAGAACCAGACAAGGCAAGAGGGACAACCAGGCCAUUGAGUACUCACAAGACUGAAGAAACAAAUGUCCGGGCAAAGCUGACCACAGCUGCUUCUGAUAGUAGCAUCAGCAAAAUCCUGAGCGAUCAGUCCAAGAAGACCACCAUCUCUCCAAGCUUUGAUCGAGUAAGCAUGCUGGACACCACCCAAGGCAAGGUUCCUGCUACAGUAUCAUGUAGUAAACUUGCAACUGGGAUCGGCGACCAAAUGACCAAAACUUCUACGGGAAGUUCUGAUGUCGACAAAAAGCAGAGUAAGGUGUCUACGGCUUCUACUAAGAUGACAGAAGAUCAACCCAAGGAGUCGGCAGUAGCAAUUAAGAUUGGUGGAGCUGAGAGCGACACGCACGGCCCACCUGCAAAAUCUCCAAGUUCCCAGACAUCAGCCACAGUCACAAGUCAGCGGCGCUCCUAAGCAAAGUGGUCUUUUUGUCUUCGUCAGGGUGAAAGAGUCAUGAUGUCGAUGAUACUAUGAAUUUAACCCCUCUAUAUUCAGGAGAGAGCGAUGACUAGGGGUCAGGUGUCCUAUCUGCCCAAUACUGGAUUCUUGAAAUGAGCCUUAUUGCCCCCCCCCCUUACAGCCUCUGAGAGAGGUGGGGGCUGCACAGGCGUGUAUGUGUGUGUCUGUGUGUGUGUCUGUGUAUCCGUGUGUUUGUGCCGUGCCUUACUUGUUAUUUAGUUGGGGAUAAAAAAAAGUUACUGCACAUACACACACUUAGCGCUAGAAACUAAAGAGAUCAUAGAGUGACUCAGCAGGUCUGUCCACGGAGGGUUAACAGGUAGAGGCGCUUCUGAUGGACCCAUUCCCAACAAACAUUGGAGGCAGCCAUUUUGCUUGCCAGAAACUGGUGGCGGCAUUGAGACGCUGAGGUGAAAGUUUACUUCCCAAAAUGGCCGCCCCUAGUCUUUGUUGGUGACCAGUCCUGAUGAAGGAAGGGUUAACAGAGUAAUGAACUGCAGGUUUCUGCCAUGCCCCCUGCAUGACAUCACUGCCACCACCAUUACCCUUUCCUGAGACCUCAUUCUGUGCUGAAACCUUCCGACCUAUGACAUCGCCUCCCAGCCUAUGAUGUCAUCAUGAGCCUGUGCCACGUCCGGUGAUGUCCUGCCAUGCCUUGUCUUAUCUACAUAUAGAAACAUACGUCUAUACAUAUGGAGUAUAUUUAUCUGGACGCACUAUAUAUAUAGAUCUAUAUAAAUAUAUAAAUAUAUUGUCUAUAGGGGCUACACUAUUUCUAUGCAAGAAGAUUUAUGGUAAAUUUAACCUUGUCAGUUCCUGGCUGGCCGCUUUGGUUCUCUGUCGGCACUGCGGAGGUUAGUUUGUGAACUAUUGUAAUUUUUUUUUUAUUUAUUUACUUUUGUGUAUUUUUUUAAUCAAUAAAGCUGUGCCCCGCUACCCUUAUGUCCCACUUAC